GUCACUGAGUUAGUGAUGAGUGAGUCAGUGAGUGAGUCUGUGAGUGAGUCUGUGAGUGAGUCAGUGAGUGAGUCUGUGAGUGAGUCUGUGAGUGAGUCAGUGAGUGAGUCUGUGAGUGAGUCUGUGAGUGAGUCUGUGAGUGAGUCUGUGAGUGAGUCUGUGAGUCAUUGAUUCAAACAGUUGUGUUGUUUGUUAUAUUAAAUGAGUAAAUCAUAUGAGUGUUAGUAAACAUAGCAUUAGUGUUGUUGUUAUGUUAGAAAUGGAGUCAUCGGUGCUAUUGUUGGACACUUCAGGCAAUAAUAGUCAGACUAAUAGUAAUACUAUUAGUAAUAAUAAUAAUAAUAACAAUAAUAAUAGUAAUCUAAUGGACAGAAUUGAUGAGAUCACUCAAGAAGUGGUCCAAGAAAUGAGUCAAUCCAUACAAUCAAUACAACAAUUAAGUGAAGAGUUGACUGAAUCGCCGAAAAAGCGAUUCAAAAGUGAGUCUUCAGUGGUCGAGACCACCAAACAAGUGGUCGACCAGAAGUUAGAGCACCGGUUGGGAGGCAUACUGUGCUGUGCUGUAUGUCUUGAUCUCCCAAAGUCUGGCAUCUUUCAGUGCACAAAUGGGCACCUGAUGUGCGCCGGAUGUUUCACUCACUUGUUGGCUGAUGCACGAUUGCGGGACGAGACGGCCACGUGUCCAAACUGUCGGUGCGUGAUUUCACGUGAUUUGUGUUCACGUAAUUUGGCGGUCGAGAAAGCUGUUUGUGAAUUACCCGGUUUGUGUCGCUUCUGCAACCAAGAGCUGCCCCGCGCUCUCCUCAAUAAACACCAGUUUGAAUAUUGUGAGGAACGCAUCGUUUGCUGUACUUAUUCUCGCAUUGGUUGUCCCUGGAGUGGACCCUAUCAUGAAUCUGGCUCGCACUCAUCUUCAUGUAUUCAUCCAAACAAAACUGGACGCGAAGUAUUGGAUGUGUUGUUGACAUCAGAUAAAGAGGCAAAAGAAGACAAAAAGCUAUACGACUCGAUAUUUGAUUUGUUAUCAUUUGAAAAGAUAACAUUCAAUGAUUUACAAUUAAAGCCCUAUCGUACCGAUGAAUACAUACAUAAACUAUAUUAUGAAACCUCACGGUUUACCGCAUUUAAUACCCAAUGGGUUGUUAAGGCCAGAGUUAAUGAGGAUCAGAGAGAUCCGACUCAAUUUUGUGAGAGACAACUGGGCUAUCAAAUUGUCCUUAAAAGUAAACUGACUACUCCUAUGGUCAUUCAUUAUGUCGUGCUUAAGGGUCCAUUUGGUGAUAUGAAACUAUAUCCACAAUUACAUAAACAUGAGUUCAAUGAAUCAAGUAAUGAGAGUCCUUUUCAAUCAAUUCAAUUACAUGAUUCACAUGAAUGUAACAAAUUAUUGGCUGCAAAGGCCAUCAACUUUCGUCUAAUUAUGUUUCAAAUGCAAAAGUAAUUUAAACAUUUUAUUUAUAUUCAA